CUCGCUCUCCGAAAUCAUCAGUUGCAUCAGUAGAGCAUAACCUCAAAAAGGGAUAGAGUGUUUACAUAGAUAAAAAAUUACGAACAAUUGAUAAUAAAUUGAUAAACUCCAGGUAAUAAUAAAAAUAAAUAGUUGAAAAAUUAAAAUAAUUUGAGUUGAUCGUCCAACAUGCCCCUUACAAAACAAUAUCUCCGCUACAUUGCCAGUGGUAACCUCAAUAUAAUUACGAGCCCCAAAUGCUGCAACUUGGCCUUUGUAACGCUAGAAGCUCAACAAGGUCGGUUCGUGGCAGUGGGCGCUUGCGAGCAUGUUUUUAUUUGGGACCUUCGUCUCUCGGAGAAAGCGCAGGUUCUUACAGGUGAGAGCUCCGAAGUAACUUGCCUCGCGGCCUCCCCGAACAAGCGUCACUUAGCCGUCGGCUAUGCUGACGGUACUAUAAAGACCUACGACCUCCGCUCCGGCGAGAAUAUCAGCAUCUUCGUCGGUCACAAAUGUGAAAUAACGAGCCUCUCCUAUGACUCGCUGGGACAUCGUUUGGCCUCUGGCUCUAAAGAUACCGACGUCAUCGUUUGGGAUGUAGUCGCUGAGAGUGGAAUUUGUCGCCUAGUCGGUCAUAAAGGAGUUAUCACCAAGGUUUCCUUCAUGCUUGAGCACAACGUUCUCAUCACUUCCAGCAAAGACACAUUUAUCAAAUUCUGGGACCUCGACACUGAGCAUAACUUUAGAACAAUUGUCGGUCACAGAUCUGAGGUGUGGGGAUUCACUCUCGUCAAGGACGACAAGUACCUAGUAACAGGUUGUAAUGACCACGAGCUCCGAGUCUACAAGAUUUAUCAUCUCAUGUCGGACGACGACGAAAGCAAUGACUUGAAUGCUUGCGACUAUCCCUUGAGGUGCGACAAGGUUGGGAGCAUUCUGCGAAAGGGAAAGGGACGAGUAGUUUCCCUAUCUUCAGACCCAACAAGUCGAAUAAUUGUAUGCCAUGGGGUGGAGAAUAGCAUAGAACUGUUUCACUUGAUUCCUGACCAAGAGGUAGAGGCAAAGGUGUCGAAGCGGCGCCUGAAAAAGGCGAAAAACAGGGCCAAAAGAGGAGGGGGUGGAGGAGAAGGGAAAGAAAAGGACGAGGAGGAGGAGGCCCUCAAUUUGAGUGAUGAAGUGAGACGUCUUCCAGUCAUCAAGGUCACCAGCAAGGCCAAGAGUGUUGACGUGGUGAUGGGUAACGGUGGCGAGGUCAGGGUCUGCGUGGGUCUUAACAACAAUAGCAUUGAGCUUUAUUCUCUAAAUGUGACAAGACAUAAGGAGGAGCAGGAGGAGGUGUGUUUGCUGAGAAGUAUCACUUCUCAGGGGCAUAGAACUGACGUUAGGGCCAUCUCUUUUAGCUCUGAUAAUCUGGCAUUUGCCACUGUCUCUGGGGACUCGAUUAAAUUGUGGAAUAGACCCUCCUUAGUUUGUCUGACAACUGUUCAAUGUGGAUAUGCACUCUCGGUGACUUUUGUACCUGGCGAUAGACAUGUUGUAGUGGGGAUGAAGGAUGGCAAUAUGCUGAUUGUCGAUAUUGCCUCGGGUGAUAUUCUCGAGGAGAUUCAGGCGCAUACAGGGGAGGUCUGGAGUAUUGUUUUGUACCCAGAUUUAAAGGGGGUGGCCAGUGGAGGGGGAGAUCAGACGGUAAAGUUUUGGAAUUUUGAGCUCAUUGAGGAUGAUAAAAGUGAUACAAAAUGCAAGGUACUCUCGGUAUUGCACAAGAGAACUCUCAAACUCGAGGAGGGAGUGCUCUGUGUAAGAAUCAGUCCUAAUGGAAGAUUUGUUGCUGUGGCUCUGUUGGAUUCAACUGUCAAGAUUUUCUUCUUGGAUACGUUCAAGUUUUUCAUCUCUCUUUAUGGACACAAACUUCCAGUCCUGUGUAUGGAUAUAUCCAGCGAUUCUACGUUAAUAGCCACUGGAUCUGCAGAUAGAAAUAUCAAAAUAUGGGGAAUGGACUUUGGUGAUUGCCAUAAAUCAUUAUUUGCCCAUGAUGACUCCGUUACUGGAUUGAAUUUCGUUCCAAGGACCCAUUAUUUCUUCACCUCGGGCAAGGAUGGCCGGGUCAAAGAGUGGGAUGCUGAUAGUUUUCAGAAAAUUGUGACACUUCAGGGACACACAGGAGAAGCUUGGAACUGUGCAGUUUCUCCGAACGGAAUGUUCGUUGCCUCGUGUGGCUCUGACAAAGUUGUCAGACUCUACGAAAGAUCCUCAGAGCCAUUAGUUCUCGAGGAUGAAGGAGAAGAAGAACGAGAGAAACAGGAGAAUCAACUAGCUACUGGAAAUACAACGGCAGUACAAGGACAAAAGCAACAAAUCCUUCCUUCGAGGAAAACUGUCAACAGUGAGAAGGCUGCAGAACUCAUUUUAGAAUGCCUCGACAUUUCCAAAGCCUACAAUGAGGAAUUGGAAAGAGUCGUGCCACCCAAUGCACCUCCAGCCCCUCCACUACUGAUGCAGGCCUAUAAUUGUACAACAAGUGAAGAAUAUUUGCUCGAGACAUUGAAAAGAAUUCGUGCUGGGGAUAUGGAGGAGACUCUACUGCUUCUCCCUUUUUCUGCAGCUUGUCAAAUACUCAGCACGCUUCCAACAUUGCUGAGGAGUGAAUAUCAGGCGGAAAUGCUGAGUAGAUUGGCUGUCAAUCUUAUUCAAGCACAUCAUGGACCAAUUGUUGCUAAUUCUGAUCUUUUGCCGGUACUGGAGGAAGUCAGGGAUUUAGCGAUGAAGAGAAUUGGCCAUUUGAGGGACACUGUUGGCUACAAUCUUUACGGAAUGACAUCCAUUCAGAGAGAGGUUGAGGAUAAAGAUGGAGUCCAACUAUUCCACGAUGCGACAAAAUCAAAGAAAAAUAAGAAUAAAAUUAGGAAGAGUAAGGAAAGAGCACUCAAACGCGCCAUUAUGGCACUGUAAUUUCAUUGUUGACGUUUUUACCUUUUCUUCUUAAUCAUUCUUGUACAAAUGUAGAAUUAAAUAUUUUUUAAUCAAAGGA